AUGAAGCAUAUGCUAACACCUUUUAUCUCAAUACCGUCGAAGAACUCAAAUGUAGUCGACUGGAAGACUCCGUUGAAGAAGUUUUUUGAAGAGAACUACGGACGUGAUCAAGACCUCGAUGAAAUUGUGAGGAAUUUCGACUCUUUACGACGAGAUGCAAUUAAUGUUGAUGAAACCCCUGCUGGUAGGGAAGUUAUUUAUACUUACUACAAGCAGCUAAAUUACCUGUCUUUUCGAUUCCCCAUUGGAACGAAUGAAAUCGACGUACAUUUUGAAUGGUCUGACACACUAGAUCCCAAAAAUCGACUUGUGAAGGAAAUGUCUGUGGCGUUUGAAAAAGCAAACGUUUUGUACAAUGUUGCCGCCGUAUGCUCAAAGACCGGUGCAGAAUCUUGUGUUCAUGAAGGCGUAGACGGACUUAAGGAAGCAGCGAAUGACAUGCAAUGUGCUUCUGGUGUUCUCGCAAACAUACGAGAGUAUUUCCUACGUUUGUCGCAGAAAGAUUUAGAUUCCUCAUAUCUCUUGGCAAUGUCAAACAUCAUGCUUGCUCAGGCACAUGAGUGUGUUUUAGAGCGUUUGCGUAUUGAUGGAAACGGAGAACCCGCAAAUCUAUCGCUUGCUUCCAAAAUUGCCAGUGCUACCGCUUCUCUAUACGCUUCAGCAACUCAGGAUUUGAAGGCUGUUCAGUUUUCUUUACCGAAAGAUAUAAUUGAAUUGGUGUCUGCCAAAAACAAUGCAAUGGAAGCGUCGGCUUCGUAUUAUGCUGGGCAAGCUGAAAUGUCCAUGGAUGCAGCGGGAGUGGCAGUUGCACGUUUUCAGCAAUCAAAACGGCUUGUGGAGGCGGCGUUCAAGCAGUUUUCAAGCAUUCACCCUGACCCUCGCUUCGUAAGCCUUCCGGUUUUGGAGGAUUUCAAUCAAUGGUUCAAGCAAUACAUUGAUAAAAUGGAAGGAAAGUUGAGGGAAUUGAUUAAGCAGAAUGAUUUUGUCUUUCAAGAACGCGUCCCUCCCGAAGAAGAGUUAGAGCCUUUGCCUUCGAAACAUGUUCUUUCCCCCAUACAUGUCACGCAAAUGUAUGCUAGAAACAGAAAGGACGUUGCCAGCGCUAAGGAUAUGUUUCGCAAUUUCACGCCAACUGCGCUAGCUUCAACGAGUUCCCUGUGUUCCGAGACCGCAGCGAAUCUAGUUCGGAGAGAGGAGAAGCUCGUCGAAGAGCAGAACACAUUGUUGGCAACAAUGCUUGCAACUCUUGACAUCCAGAAUUUGAAAAGGAUGAUCCGCUGGAACUUUUACAAGAAAAACGAGAUACCUGGUGAACUGAUGGAAAUACAUCAGCUCCUAAAAGACAGCAGUCAUGAAAAUAGCCUUCGCUUGUUGGAAGCAAAAUCCGCCGAAUUAAAGGGAUUGAUUGCUGAUAUGAAAAAUGAUUUGGCAGUAGAAACAACGCAGAAUGAGCAAAUGCGCGCAAAGCUGUCGUCGAAAUGGACACUGAGUCCAAGUUCCUCAUUUUCCGCCCCUUACUUAACCCAACUAAAUCAACUACAGGCGUCCUUGGAGGCGGCGGAUGAAACAAACAGUAAACUGUUUGAACUGCAUGAUAGAAUUGCUAACGACGUUGCCGUCAUUUGCAAUUCUACAAGACUUCACGAAGAAUUAUGCACGCCAAAGCCCGCUCGACCCGAGAGUCUGCUUGAUUUGCCUAUUUCCUCUCAGGAGCAGACAAGAAAUAUGGAGAUACAAAUUGACAUGCUCGAUGAACUUCAAUCUCGUAUCCAAAAACUUGUUCCGGACAGAGAAAAAACGUUGGAAGCAAUGCGCCAAAAGUACAAAUCUUUGGACGUGUCUGGCGCCUUGAUGGAUAACAGUAUUAUGAAAGACGAUGCCUUGAAUCCUGACGAAUUUUGCAACACCGAAGUGAAUAAACAAUUUAAGCCAUUAGUUGUUCGACUUGGCGGGACAAUUGAGCAGCAGAAAGUCUUAAUGGACGAAGUCAUCGAAGUUGUCCGCAAGCUCAAGCAUAAUCCCGUGUUUGAGGAAUGCGUUCAAAACUUUUCCGCUCGUCAAAAACAGCAUGAAAAACUUAUUGAGCACUACAAAAAAUCUGGCGACGCUGCAAUGUCACUUCACAGUGGCAUAAAAAAGGGAAUUGAGUUUUACGAUGGUGUUUCUGCAAAGCUUAAGCUUUUGCAAAAGCAACUUCAAGCGGAGCUCCUUGAAAGGCGCAAACAAGGGGCAGAAUGCAUUGCUCAACUUAAGUAUACAUCAGGAACAAACGAUAUUACUUCUGCCAUGAACAAUGUGCGGCUAUAA